AUGGCAACUGUUCGAAAAGCGUUGUACACGAUCAACGCGGAUCCAAAAAGCCUAUCUCCAGAAGGCAAGGAUUCACUGAAGCAGUUUUCAAAACAGAGAGCGAAGGUGCAGUUAAGAGUAAAAGAUGUGAAUCGUGACAUUAGUCAGUCCAUGGUGAGCAAUGGUAAACUCAAUAAAGCUGAGUGCAAACAAACGAAGAAUAAUAGAGUGGAAAUGCCACAAUUUAUGAAAAAGAAUUCAAGUGUGAAAGACGAGCAACCAAAGAAACAAGUAUCUGGAUGCAAUGAAGCAAAACUGCAUAAAAAUGAAGGAAAUUUUGAGCAGUCAAAAAGCGAUCUCAAAAGUUUUCCAACGAAAACGAAUGGAUGGAAGCAACAAAAAGAAGGUACUGAUCACAAAGACAAUUCAGUAACCGGAUUGAAAAAUAAGGAGAUAAUCAAAAAUGAUCGCGAAAGAAACAAAGAGUUUGACUACAAGGAGCAUCAUUGUAUAAACGAGAAAAGCGUCUUUAUCGAAGAAGAAGCACGUAUCUUCUCAAAUGCCGAAGUUCAGACCGAUGUAACCGUUAGUGAGUGCCCACCAAAAAUCACAGCUGCAGAUUUGAUAUCCGAAACACCAUCUGCAUCGUAUUGGCGAUCACUGGCCAACAAACUGGAAUGUCAGCUCGAUCAGGAAUUUUUUGAGAACUUGAGGUUGAAUACCGAUCUUGGGGAACUUCGUCGGCAGAUCGAUGAAAUCGAACGUGAAACAGAAGAAGUCAUUGAGUUUGUGAAGAGCGCUAUUGCAGAGGGUCAAUCCACACUUGCAACUGCGAACGAAUAG